AGUCUGGGCAAUAGAGCAAGACUUUUUCUCAAAAAAAGAAAAAAGUUGGGGUUGGUAGAUGGCAACAAAUGUGAAGAUCUUCUAGUAUGGAAGUAGGAGAUGAUCACAUACCCCAGAAUUGGAGAAAGCCUUAGGUAUUUUGGUCAAUCUAAGUGGAUAACUAUAAUAAACAGUCUGGCUUAUCUGUGUGGGAAUUUUUUUAAUGCCUAAAAGGAAGGCUGCUUAAAAUGUAGUUCGGCAUGAUGAACUUGAGGAUUGAAAACAUUUAAACAUGCAAACUCCAUUUUCUGAACUAAAACUUAAAAAUCUUGAUUUUUCCCCCCUUAAAAAAAAAAAAAAGAUGCUGUAGGAACCCACACUUGUUGAGAACCUUUAAGGCAGGCACGGAGCAGACACUGCUUGUAAACUUCCUGGCAGGUUUGACUAAUGGAGGAUUCUGCACAGUAGAAGUCAUUUUCUCUGCAGUGGUACGGCUUUUGAGUGACAUGUAGGUAUUCUGCUUCCGUCAGUUACGCUGAUGUCCUCUCCGCUCCCUGCCUGUGCUACAGGCGUUCAGUCUACUCAUGGUGCUCAACCUACCCAGAGGGUGGCCUCUUUUUUUUUUUUUUUCACUAGCAGGAUAUUUAGCAUAAGGGUGGCCUCUUGUCUCCUUCAGCUGGAAGCUGUUUCCUUUCACAUCAUCACGCAUAUGUGCGUUUCUGUUUCAGGAUUUGGUGACGUUCGCCGAUGUAGCCAUAGACUUUUCUCAGGAGGAGUGGGCCUGUCUGAAUUCUGCUCAGAGGGACCUGUACUGGGAUGUGAUGCUGGAAAACUACAGUAAUGUGGUCUCACUGGAUUUGGAGUCAGCCUAUGAGACUAAGAAUUUACCUACAGAAAAAAGCCUUCAUGAAGUACGCGUUUCCAAAAGGAAUUCAGAUAGAAGAAGUAAAUCCCUUGGCCAUAACUGGAUAUAUGAAGGUACGCCUGAAAGACCACAGCGCUCGAGAGGCAGGUAUGUCAAUCGAAUGGUCAUCAACUGUGUAAAAAGGCCCGCUGCCAGAGAAGGCACCCCUCCCAGAUCCCAUCAGAGACAUCAUAAGGAGAAUUCCUUUGAAUGUAAGGAUUGCGGGAAGGCCUUUAGUCGUGGCUAUCAACUUAGUCAACAUCAGAAAAUCCAUACUGGUGAGAAACCUUACGAAUGUAAAGAAUGUAAGAAGGCCUUCCGAUGGGGCAAUCAGCUUACUCAGCAUCAGAAAAUCCAUACCGGGGAGAAGCCGUAUGAAUGUAAAGACUGUGGGAAGGCUUUUCGAUGGGGCUCAAGCCUCGUUAUUCAUAAAAGAAUCCAUACUGGGGAGAAACCCUACGAAUGCAAAGACUGUGGCAAGGCCUUCCGGCGUGGCGACGAGCUCACCCAGCACCAGAGGUUCCACACUGGGGAGAAAGACUACGAGUGCAAAGACUGUGGGAAGACUUUUAGCCGAGUAUACAAACUCAUUCAGCACAAGAGAAUUCACAGUGGGGAGAAGCCUUACGAAUGUAAAGACUGUGGGAAGGCCUUUAUUUGUGGCUCAAGCCUCAUUCAGCAUAAAAGAAUUCACACAGGUGAGAAACCCUAUGAAUGUCAAGAAUGUGGGAAGGCCUUCACUCGAGUAAAUUACCUUACUCAGCAUCAGAAGAUCCAUACUGGGGAGAAGCCCCACGAGUGUAAGGAAUGCGGGAAGGCCUUUCGCUGGGGUUCCAGCCUUGUGAAGCACGAGAGGAUACACACGGGGGAGAAGCCGUACAAAUGCACAGAAUGUGGGAAGGCUUUCAAUUGUGGCUAUCAUCUCACUCAGCAUGAGAGAAUCCACACGGGCGAAACCCCGUAUAAAUGUAAGGAGUGUGGGAAGGCUUUCAUUUACGGCUCGAGCCUUGUGAAACACGAGCGAAUUCAUACCGGGGUGAAGCCCUACGGGUGUACAGAAUGUGGGAAGAGCUUUAGUCAUGGCCAUCAGCUUACACAGCACCUGAAAACACACAGUGGGCCGAAAUCCUAUGAAUGUAAGGAAUGUGGGAAGGCAUGUCACCAGCUAAACCUCCUCCAAGAACAUCAGAGGAUCCACAACAGUUGAAGUGCCCUCUGAACACAGCCGCCCGCUGUUAUCCGUGGUUUCGCUCUCCACGUUUUUUUUUUACCUGCAGUCAACUGCGGUUCAAACAUAUUAAAUGGAAAAUUCCAGAAAUAAAUUGUAAGGCUCAAAUGGUGUGCCCUUCUGAGUAGCGUGAUGACAUCUCUUGCUGUCCUGCUGCAGCCAGCCAGGGAUGCGACUCGCCCCUUGGUCCAGCACAUCCGCGCUGUAUAUGCUGCCACCCUGCUAGUAACCUAGUAGCUGCCUUGGUGAUCAGAUCGACUAUCAUGGCAUCACAGUGCUUGUGCUCAAGUAAUCUUUACUUCACUUAACAGUGGCCCCAAAGCGCAAGAGUAGUGAUGCUGGUAAUUUGGAUAUGCCAAAGAGAAGCCACAAAGUGCUUCCUUUUAAGUGAAAAGGUGAAAGUUCUCAA